CUCUUCACAAGGCACCACCAGCAAUAGAGAUGAGAAAUUCUGAAGAACAGCCAAGUGGAGGAACCACAGUGUUGCAGCGUCUGCUACAAGAGCAGCUUCGCUAUGGCAAUCCUAAUGAGAAUCGCAACCUGCUUGCCAUACACCAGCAAGCCACAGGGAAUGGCCCUCCUUUCCCCAGUAGCAGUGGGAACCCAGGCCCUCAGAAUGAUGUGUUGAGUCCCCAAGACCACCACCAACAGCUUGUGGCUCAUGCUGCUCGACAAGAACCCCAGGGGCAGGAAAUCCAGGCAGAAAACAUCAUCAUGGAGAAGCAGCUCUCCCCUAGAAUGCAGAAUAAUGAAGAACUCCCAACCUAUGAAGAAGCCAAGGUCCAGUCCCAGUACUUUCGGGGCCAACAGCAUGCCAGUGUUGGAGCUGCCUUCUAUGUCACUGGAGUCACCAACCAGAAGAUGAGGACCGAGGGACGCCCAUCGGUGCAGCGGCUCAAUCCUGGGAAGAUGCACCAGGAUGAAGGACUCAGAGACCUUAAGCAAGGACAUGUCCGCUCCUUAAGUGAACGACUAAUGCAGAUGUCACUGGCCACCAGUGGAGUUAAGGCCCAUCCACCUGUCACCAGCGCUCCCCUCUCCCCACCACAACCCAGUGACCUCUACAAGACUCCCACAAGUUCCAGUGAAUUCUACAAGGCCCAGGGGCCACCUCCCAGCCAGCAUAGCCUGAAGGGCAUGGAACACCGAGGCCCCCCACCAGAGUAUCCCUUCAAGGGCAUGCCACCCCAGUCUGUAGUGUGCAAGCCCCAAGAGCCAGGGCACUUCUAUAGUGAGCAUCGUCUGAACCAGCCAGGGAGAACAGAGGGGCAACUGAUGAGGUAUCAGCAUCCCCCUGAGUAUGGAGCAGCCAGGCCGGCGCAGGACAUCUCAUUGCCACUGUCGGCCCGGAGCUCACGGCCUCACAGCCCUACUUCUUCCCUCACGUCUGGGGGUUCCUUGUCCUUGCUGCAGUCGCCGCCAGCCACGAGGUUGUCUCCUGCCCAACACCCCUUGGUGCCAAGCCAAGGAGACCACUCAGCUCACCUGCCUAGGCCACAGCAGCAUUUCCUCCCGACCCCGGCUCACCAGAGCGAUCAUUACCGGCCGCCCCAGCCCGGCCUGAGCCCGCCGCAGCCGCACCACCACCACCACCACCAGCAGCCCCAGCCCGGUGAAGCCUAUCCAGCUAUGCCCCGGGCUCAGCAGUCCUCCGCUUCCUAUCAGCCAAUGCCAGCGGACCCGUUUGCCAUUGUUUCCAGAGCCCAGCAGAUGGUUGAGAUCCUGUCGGAUGAGAACCGGAACUUGCGGCAGGAACUGGAAGGAUGCUACGAGAAGGUGGCGAGACUGCAGAAGGUGGAGACAGAAAUCCAGCGUGUCUCGGAGGCAUACGAGAACCUUGUAAAAUCAUCCUCCAAAAGAGAGGCCCUGGAGAAAGCCAUGAGAAACAAGCUUGAGGGUGAAAUUCGAAGGAUGCAUGACUUCAACAGGGAUCUGAGAGAGCGUCUAGAGACUGCCAACAAGCAGCUUGCGGAGAAGGAAUAUGAGGGAUCAGAAGAUACCAGAAAAACCAUCUCUCAGCUCUUUGCAAAAAAUAAGGAAAGCCAGAGGGAGAAGGAGAAGCUGGAGGCCGAGCUGGCCACUGCCCGUUCUACCAAUGAGGACCAACGGCGACACAUCGAAAUCCGAGACCAGGCCCUGAGCAACGCCCAGGCCAAGGUGGUCAAGCUGGAAGAAGAGCUGAAAAAGAAGCAGGUGUAUGUGGAUAAGGUGGAGAAGAUGCAGCAAGCCCUCGUACAGCUCCAGGCAGCAUGUGAAAAACGCGAGCAGCUGGAGCAUCGUCUCCGGACACGGCUAGAGAGGGAACUGGAGUCCCUCAGGAUUCAGCAGCGCCAGGGCAACUCUCAACCCACCAAUGUUUCCGAAUACAAUGCCACGGCGUUGAUGGAGCUCCUGCGUGAGAAGGAGGAGAGGAUCCUGGCCCUGGAAGCCGAUAUGACUAAGUGGGAGCAGAAGUAUUUGGAGGAGAACGUGAUGAGACACUUCGCUCUAGAUGCUGCCGCGACCGUAGCUGCUCAGAGGGACACAACAGUUAUCAGCCACUCUCCCAACACCAGCUAUGACACGGCCCUGGAAGCUCGCAUCCAGAAAGAGGAGGAAGAAAUUUUGAUGGCCAACAAGCGCUGCCUCGACAUGGAGGGCAGGAUUAAGACCCUCCAUGCCCAGAUCAUUGAGAAGGAUGCCAUGAUCAAAGUACUCCAGCAGCGUUCCCGGAAGGAGCCGAGUAAGACAGAGCAGCUGUCAUCCAUGCGACCCGCAAAGUCUCUGAUGUCCAUUUCCAACGCCGGGUCAGGCUUGCUCUCACAUUCUUCCACCCUGACCGGCACCCCCAUCAUGGAGGAGAAGCGAGAUGACAAGAACUGGAAGGGGAGCCUAGGUAUUCUCCUGGGUGGAGACUACCGCGCUGAGUCUGUCCCUUCCACACCGUCGCCGGUGCCGCCGUCCACUCCCCUGCUCUCGGCUCACUCCAAGACAGGCAGCCGAGACUGCAGCACCCAGACGGAACGAGGAACCGAACCGAACAAAACCGCAGCUGUCGCUCCAGUCGCGGUUCCCGCGCCGGCCGCUGCCGCCGCCAUCACUGCCAACGCUGCUGCCAACAGCGCCGCCGCUGCCACCAACAGCACCACCAUGGGAGCCGCCGCUCCAGCCGCUGCCGCCGCCGCCGCCCCAUCUCCGGCAACUGCUGCUGCUCUCGCGGCUGCCGUUUCCCCAGCCGCCGCUGCUCAGCUUCCAGCAGCGGCCUCUGCAGUUGCCGCGGCGGCGGCCGCUGUUGCUCCCGCCGCGGCUGUUCAGGUUGCUCCAGCAGCUCCGGCUCCGGCUCCGGCUCCGACAGCGUCUCAGGCUUCUGCUCCGGCUCAGACUCAAGCGCCAAGUCCAGCUCCGGCUGCGGCUGCUCCUCCGGCUCCGGCUCCGGCUCCGGCUCCGGCUCCGGCUCUGGCUCCGGCUCCGGCUCCGGCUGAGGCUUCUGCAAGUCCAGCUGCCGGUUCUGGGUCGCGUCGUUUGUCUGUACCAAGUUUGACCUGCAGUCCGGAUAAGACAGAUGGCCCUGUUUUCCACUCCAAUACUCUGGAAAGAAAAGCUCCCAUUCAGAUGCUGGGACAAGAGCCUGAUGCAGAGAUGGUGGAAUAUCUCAUCUAA